GGGUAGAUGUCAACGUCACUAAAAACAACGUAAAAAAUGGAUUUACAGGAGGAUGUUAUGUGGAAAGAAUCGUUUUUCAAAGACAAUUUCAGUGUGGAUAAUUGCCUUUCUCAAUACACUGUAAAAUCAGACUUGGAAACCUUAAGAAGAGAGUUAAAAUGCUACGGAAAUCACUUACAGCAACAAAUGUCAGAAAUUUUAAAGUUAGAAACGGAAGCAAUUGUGAAUUUGGCUGAAUAUUUGACUAAUUUAUCGUCAAAAAUAGAGGAUUUAUCUGUCCCAAUACAUCAACUUCGUGAAGAAAUUAAGAAUUUGUAUGAGCUAAUUAAACUAGCAGAAGACACCUAUAGCAAUUCGUUGGAAUGUUUAAAAUCAAACAAUACAAAACAACACAAUAUAAGCUUGAUUCUGGGUAUAAUAUCUUCAGCUUUUUAUAUUGAAAACAUGAUAAAUUCGUCGCAAAAAGAAUCGUUUGAUGAUUUAACGUUACUUGAAAGAAUUGUUAAUAAAUAUUCAUUCCAAAGAAACUACUUGGACGAGCUUGAAAUAAUCGCACCUGAGACCGAAAAUAUAUUGAGAAGAGUCGAAAGCCAAUUGCUGAGUAUGAUAAAUAAGAAAUUCUUGGAGUCAGUGAAGCAAAAUGACGUUGAGACCAUAACAAAGUGCUUGAGAAUGUUUGAUAAUUUAGGAAAACAAAUCGAAGCACAAAAAACUUUCCAAGCUAAUAUUGUGAAGCCUGCCUUAGAGCCUUUAUUCACCGAAAGUCACUUGGUUCAAUGUGAUCAUGAUAUCAGUAAGAUAUAUGAGGAAGCCUUGUUUUUUAUGGACAACACCAUGGGAGUUAUAUUUGAUAUAUUAAAAAGAAACCCUGAUAUGGAUUCAUACAAUUUUGCGCUGAACAGUUUUUGGACGGAAUUCGAUAAGCAAUCCAGGGAAGGUUUGCCGUACAUAACAGCUCCAGGAAAUCCAGAAUUGUUCCAGAAACGCUUCAACCUCACAUGGAAUUUGUUGGCGAAAAUCGCUGCGAAAUGCGGCGACAAAAGUCUUAUUAAACAGAACGAAUCUUUUCAGGAGCACAUAAAACGUUUCAAUCUACCGGUGUAUUUUGAAAUAAGAUUUCAACAGAUAGCCGGAAAAUUUGAGACAGAUUUGUUGAAUAAUUUGAACGAAGAUAUCUACGCCCCCAAAAACGAUUUGAAUGUUACGUUAAAAUUAACGCAGUGUUUUAUGGCGGUGUUAACGAAAUGCUUCCAACCUGAUGUUUUUAUAGAACAUUUAGCAGAUCAGUUUUUGAAAUUAUCCAUGCUUUUAUUAACGCGGUAUUUACUUUGGUUCAAAACCAGACUCAAAGAUAAAUUGUUUGAAAAUAAGGCCAAGCUUGAGGACUUUGUAUUGAAGUCCCUUAUAGAUCUAUCGGUUAUAAAGAAUGUUAUAGCCCCUAACACAGAGGAUAUAAAUACAAUAAACCACACAGUCUAUAGUAUUAUGCCAAAUGAAAUAAAACCUGUCAUUCUGAAGGUGUUUAAGAGUAAUAGGAAACACAUUGGGAAUAAUUUUAAUGAUUUGGCGAGCUAUUUGGUGAAGUUGAAGCUGGACGAGAGUUUGGUUCAGCUUCAUCACGUAGGUGCUAUACCUAGAUUGUACAGAAGGACCAAUAGGAGCGCUCCUAAGGAAGCUAGCUCCUAUAUGCUGCAAGCUGUAACACCUAUUGUCAGUUUUAAGGGAAAAUUCGAGAAAAUUAUAGAGCAUGAAUUGGGAGAAAUUAUGGACAACAUUAUUUAUGAAGUUACUAAUCAGUAUUUAAUUUUGGUGCAGGAAGUGCUCAUGUCGGUUUGUAAGACAGAGGAAUCUUUGAGGAGACUAAAAAGUCGAAAUAUUAAUGCUUCUGAUGAUUCUGGUAGUACUGAUAGUACUUCAGAUGAGAUGAAAAUUAGACAGCAAAUAAGACUGGAUGUGGGAUAUUUUAUUGAUAAGUUGUAUACUUUGGGUGGAGAGAGGGCAAAGGCAUCAAUGGAGAAGCUAAGGCAAGAAACAAACAAAUAAAAUUCCGAUAAAUUUAUAUUUUAUUACAACAAUAAUUCAUGUAUAAAUUGUUAUUAUUUUUUAAAUAAAUUUAUGUACCGUUUUAACAAAUUAUUCUCAAU